AUGGCCGUUCUCCGAAGCGGAGUUGUCACCGCAGUGCCCCGCCUCCUGGCCUUCGUGCUGGCGCCCUACACCGAACCAUCGUUCAAUCUUCUGGACUACCUGGGGACUUGCACCGACACGGCGCUCGUCCUCUGCGUCGCCGUCGCACGACUCCUUCUCCUCCUCCUCAUGUGGUUCAGCCGCACUGUCGCUCCGAUCGCCUUUGGCGCUCCCGGGGGCACAUUCGUCUUCGACACGGGUGAGGAGCUCUACGACGACGCACGCUUCUCGAUGGUGCGCAACUGGGACGGCGUGCACAUGUUCUUCAUUGCCCACUACAGCUAUCUUUAUGAGAACCAAAUCGCCUUUUUUCCUGGUUUGCCGGCGCUGAUCUUCGUCGUGGAGUACGUUACGCGGCAGCUCGCCCCUGUCCUGCACCGAGUUGCCCCAGUUGCCUUCUAUGUGUGCCUGGUGAACAUAGCUGCGUCCUGCCUUGUUGGCGUGGUGUUGCGACGUCUCACCAUCCUGACAUUUCUGGGGCCCGAAGCGGUGCGAUGCACCUGCCGGUGGCGCCUGUCCAAGUUGUCUCCGUCGACCCCUGAGUUGGGGGAGUCGAGAAAGUAUGCGAAGGCGCAACUCGAUGUGGCAGCGGAGACGGCAAUGCAGAGCACAACAGAGGCGACCGUCUGCUACCGUCUUAUGUGUAGAAUGACCGGCACGGUCCUGGAUGCGCCUGACAUCCAUGCCCCCCUCCCCGCAACCGUGGUGGAGGCGAAGGCAGGCGCGCUGCGCCGUCGCCGCGUGGUGGGUGGGGCAGCGUUGGUGUGGAUCAUCACACCUGCCAUGGUGUUUACGGUCGCCGUGUACACGGAGAGCCUAUUUUCUCUAGCCACAAUGCUAGGCGUGUACUUUCUCGCGUGGCAUGAGCCGCUGCCGCAGGCUGUGCAGCUGCGUAUCGCGUCGUAUCUGGCAAGCGUCUCGUCGCCUAGCUCAGCUGCAAGAGCCGCCGGAAACGCAUCGGCAUCAGCACGACUUCUCCCCCCUGCCCCUCUCGUUCAGCAGUGGCCCUUGGCGGCAAACGACGGCGGCGACGGUGCCACGGCACGCAGUCGCAUCCCUGGGAUUGCCUCACUCCUGCCGAGCAUCACCCCUGGCGCAUCCAGGGCGGUCACGGUGAAGUGGGAGCAGCUCUUCCUCAGCAGCACAGAGGUGGCGGCGGUACUACUGUUCAUGCUGGCCGGCACCUUUCGCUCCAAUGCAUUCACCUGCGCUGGAUUUCUUAUCUUCCCCCUCUGUGUGCAGGUGGCUCUGCCGGCGGUGCACAAGGCGCAGGCUUCGGCGGUGCUGGCUGGAGUGUCAGCGCGUACGGUCAUGUCUGCGGCCGCAAAGUGUGGUGGCUCAAGGGGUGGUCGCGCAACCCUGGCUGUGCGCUGCCCCACUCUCCACCCGCCUUUGCAGCGCAUGCCGCACCCGCUGCGCAUGUGCAUUGUGGCGCUGGAGUGCAUGUGCGUGGCGCUGCCAUACCUUGUCAUGAACUACAUGGGAUAUCAGCGUUUUGUCCUGCGGAUGUGGGACGCCAGCGCCAAGAGAGAGAUAGGCAAAGCCUUCUGGCGGCUGUACCCCAUGCUGCAGAAGAAGUACUGGGGCGUGAGCCUCUUCUCCGCCUACACGUUCACCAACCUCCCCAACGUGGUGCUGGCGCUCCCCGUGGCGGUGCUAACCGCAUGGUGCCUCCACGCCUACUACUGGGCUCCAGCAUGGGCAAACCUCAGAACCGAAACGGCGGCCGCUGCCGAACCACGGCGCACGAGGUGGCCGCAUUUGUGGAUUGCCGCCAUACCGCUGGUGAGCUCCUCGAACGUGGUGCACCUGAUCGGGUUAUUGGCACUGGCGCUGACGGUUAUGCACGUGCAGGUGACGAAUCGCUUUAUCACGACAACCCCGGCGCUGUACUGGCUGCUUGGCAUGCAGCUUGCAUCGAGACCGACGAGCCGCGCGAGCAAGUUCACGCUGCUGUGGUGCAUUCUGUGGGGCAUGGCGGGCGGUAUUCUCUUUCCGAAUCACCUUCCCUGGACCUGA